AGAUGGCAGCCUCCAGAAGCAUGUGUUUGAUACGAAAUGUACAGAAAUUAUCUAUGCUGCACAUAUCUCAGCCGCAUCAGAAUGGGCGCUUAUUUCAUAUUUCUACAAAUAACUCGAUUAGGUGGCGAUUGAGUUGUGAAUUCUGUCGCCGUAAUCGUGAUAUGCGAUUUUAUUCAAACGGGCCGAAGGAGCCAGACGGACAAGGAUUGAAACUGAGUGGGCAACUAACUGGGGACCUUUUGAAAACAAAAGUAGAUAUUGAUAAUAAUGAAGAUAAACAGGAUUUUAAAGGACAGGAAAACAGUGAACAUAAAGAGAAAAAGGAUGAGAAGAAAAAAAACAUGUUUAUUGCGUUAAAUCUUGUAUUUAUUUGUGGUUUUGGUGUGGUUGGUGUUUGGUGGCUCGGACAACCAGGAAAGGAUCAAGAUGGACAGCCUAUUGAAGAUGAGUUUAGUCAUUUACCCAAAUUUGAGGCUACUCUUAAAAGGGCAUGGAGGAACAUCAACCUAACAAAAGAAGCUAUUGCGGAACCGUCUGACAGAAAGCUGCUUCCUGACCCCCUGCCUGAACCUUAUUACCAGCCGCCAUACACUCUGGUACUGGAAAUAAAAGAUGUACUGGUGCACCCAGAGUGGGGAUUUGUAACAGGCUGGCGCUACCAGAAGCGCCCAGGAGUGGAUUAUUUCCUCCAGCAGUGUGGGCCCCCCUUGUUUGAGGUGGUUGUGUAUACUUCUAUGCCAGCGUAUACAGCUUUCCCUAUUAUUAACAGUUUAGAUCCCAAUGGUUACAUUAUGUAUAGAUUGUUCCGAGAUGCCACAGAAUACAAGGCCGAAGGGCGAAUGGGAGGAAUCCAUGUCAAAGAUCUCUCUUGCCUGAACAGGGACUUGAACAAAGUGAUAUUUGUAGACUUUGACUCAAAGGCAUUUCAAAAACACCCCAGAAAUUCCUUGGGAUUGAAGCAAUGGACAGGAGACAGAGAUGACAGGACUUUGGUGGAUUUGGCAACUUUUCUCAGAGCCAUAGCAGUAAGUGGGGUGGACGAUGUGAGAAAAGUAUUGGACUAUUACAAACAGUAUGAUGAUCCACUUGAAGCAUUCAAAGAGAAAAAGAGGGAGUUAGCGGCUGAGUUUGAAAAGCCCCCAGAACAGCCCAAAAUAAGUACAAAAUGGUCCCCUGGCUUCUUUGGAAGACGAUAACAUAAGUCAGUCUGUACCAAGCCCAUAAAUGACUGUUACAUUAAAAGAGAGAGAGAAUGGCAAAGCUGGGGAAAAGACUCAGUUCAGUUGUUUGUUUGGAAGAAACUAUUCCAAAUGGUUGUUCUCAUAUAGAGAUAGUGUGGACAAAUAAAUCAAAGAUAUUCAGGGAGGCUCAAUUUGGUUCAUUAAGCUUUGCUGAAGUGCAACCUAUUCUGUGAAUAGUUAUAUGUACUGAGGUUUGUACAAAUGGUAUUUAAAAAUGCAGUAAUAGUUUCCUUAAGUUGUGACCUACGUAUUUGAAAGUGCACUUCUCUUUUGAAUGUAAUUUUAUGUAAAUAAAGGAAUAUAAUCAGCAGAAAACAUUUAAUACAUGUUAAAAUUGACAGUCCAUCAAGAUAUACAUGAAUAAUGAAUAUCAAGUGAUUUUCAGAAAACGGAAUAUAGCCAUUCUUAUUAACAGGAUCUCUCUCUCUCUCUUUUAGCCCUCUUCUAUACCAUAUAUUACAAAGCAGUCUUUUUCUACUGUAUCCUGUUCUGCAUUUGUACAUCAUAUAAAUGUUUUAUUGAAUAGCAAAGAAAAGUAUGUAUAGAGCUUGUCGAUAUGAUCCACAAGUGAAUUUCUUAUAGAACAGCAAAGAUGCUGAUAUGCUACAAAAGAUUUUAUUUGUAAAAGUUUUAACUUAAGUCUUAUUCUGAGCUUUAUGCCCGAUGCCCAACAGCUUUGUCUUCAAGCCUCCAUACCUGCUCACUUCUCACUCGGAGGCACUGUGUGGCAAGUUCAAUUGAAGAUUACUAAACUAUAACAAAAGCUCAUUUGGUAAUCUGGAUUUCACAUUCCCAUAAAAGACUAAUUAUAUUGUUGUGGAUGUAUUGAACAUUUUGUCUAACUUUUGUGAUUGGCUUAGUAAUCUUCAAUCAAACUGAAGUUCAGACAUAACAGACACGUAUGAAAAUGCAAAAUUGAAAAGAAGUUGUCACACAUCACGCCUUAUCUAUUCUCAAUAAAUUUACCAUAUGUUAUAAAAGUUAAUUAUUCAAAUGAACAGAUGUUACUUAAUGCUUGUUUAGUGUUUGUAUAAAGCUUGUUUUGACCAUAUACCAAAUGUGGUACUUAUCAGAAAACCACGAAACCAGAAUAAAAAUUUUGUAUUAGUGUAUUAGUUACCUGUCAAAUGUAUCUUUUUAAAAUAACAUUCUGAUUAAUUGACUCCAUGUUGUUUUGACUCGGUACAUAAAAAAGUUUCGAAAAAAUUACGAUAAAAACUAGAAAAUUUCAU